AUGGCCGCGGAUCAGAUGAAAGGUCUGAUGAACUUUGCAGGAAAGUCGCCGUACGGCCAAGAUGGCUUGCAGCCAGAGACGUGGAUGCAGGACGAGCAGUCAGGUCCCCUAAACCCAUUCAAGGUGACAACCGCGUGGCAAGAUCGUUCACGUGAAGAUCAACUAACGAUGGCCCAGGCCCGGCUAUGGGAAACAUCGAAAAGAUCGGGCAAAUUGAAGACAGCCACAUGCGGCUGCGAAGCUGCGCACCCCAGGCGCCCCCUGGAGGUGUCAGUCGAUGGCCUUGCUGGUCCUCUUUGUACAGUGGAGGUCGAAGAGGCGGGCACGCUGCGGGAUCUUCGCGAGGCCAUCCACUCUGCCACGGGCAUCCCACCGAGCCAGCAGCGCUUGGUGCGUGGCGCCGAAGUCCUUCAUGAUGAUGCAAUGACUGUUGGGGAUGCCACUGCAUCUCGUAUCACGCUUCUGCGGCGCCCUGUUGACCAGGAGCGCAUCCUGGAAGCAGUUGGCUCGGGGGGAACCUGGAGAUCCGCGUUGGCCAGUGCGUCCGAGGCGGUGCGCGGGGACAAGGAGAUUAUCUUGAAAGCGGUGUCUGCUGAUGGAUCUCUGCUUCGGUUUGCUGAUGGCCAGCUCCAGGCAGAUCGGGAAGUUGUCCUCGCCGCCGUGCGCCAGAACCGCAUGGCGCUGCGGUUUGCGGCCAAGGGCUUGUUGACCGACAGAAGAUUCGUGGAGGCUGCAGUGCAGCUUUGUGGCCAGGCUUUGGAAUUUGCGCCUGCGGAGCUGCGUGGUGAUGCCGACCUGGUCCAGCUUGCCGCGAAGGAGGAUUUCCUGGCGCUAGAGUUCGCCGAUCCGGAGCUGCUCGCCGACAAGAACUUCAUGCUCUCCGCCGUGCGUGCCAAUGCCAUGGCCCUCAUCUUUGCCUCACCAGCUCUUCAGAAGGACCCGGACCUGCAGCAAGCUUCUCGAGAGCAGAGAGCAGCUUUGCUGCCGCCGGAAAAGGAAGCUGGCAACUUUCUGCGCAGCGGCGCCUUCGCCAAAGGAAAGAAAAUGGAGCCUGCUGCAGAGCUUGAUCUGGCCAGCAUGGAGGGCGUGGUGGACACCACCACCUGGCUCAUGAAAGAGGUGGACAAGAUCUGUCCUCCCAUCGAUCUGCCUCCAAGACACCCUGGCAUGUCCCGGGCAGAGAGGCACCAACGGAUGCUCACGGUGCAACGCUAUCUCCAUAGCCAGCCCAAGGAGUGUCGGCUGCUUCGGUCUGAGGUGGGGAAUGCCACGAAGCUGUCAGUGGAGGCAGAGCAGGCGCUGUAUGAGGCGACCAGAAGGAGCGGCCUCGCGGCAAACGCAGCGAUGCAGGCAGCAUUGAGCCCAGCCUUGGCUUUCCCGCCUUACCACGGCCCGUCCUUCGAGCGGCCAGCUGACACGGUUAGCACCGAACAUGUUGAGGAAGGCGAGCCGGAGAAAGGCGUCCCUGUCUGCCACCUCACCUGCCACCACAUGGGAGGGAGGUGGACCAGCGACGAGGUGACUUGGCCGUGGCCGAAGGAUGAAAAGGCUUCGUCUUUCCUCUUGCUGUGA